AUGCGGGUGGUCCAGAGGGAAGUCUAUGCCACAGUCUGCGAGAUGCAGGCGAAGCUGGCCACCUUGGCUCAGGAGAACGAGAAGCUGCGAACAGUCUUCAUGGAGCAUAUGGACCACUCGGACCUCUGCUUCCGGUCCUUGGUGUGGGCGCUGGGUCCCCAUUCCACGGGCCUGUUUGCACGCACUCUCCGGCUGAUUUGGUGCUGCCGCCGGCGCUUCACGCGAGUGUCCGCCUGGAUGCUGGGGGUGCCUGGGGUGCCGAUCGACCGGCGGAGGGACGUUCUGCGGGCGCGGCUGGAGCUGAUGCAGCAUGCAGGCGCCCUGCGGGCUGAAAAUGCCUCUGGCGGCUCUUCCGGCGGCGCCGGGUCUUCGAGCGGUCGAGAGGGGCGCCAGAAGUUGAUGGCGGCCUUGCAAGGUGCAGCGGAGGCUGUCGAGUCGAGUCGCACGGAGGACACUUCCGUGGCGACCCCGAACCCCGCCGCAGCCGCGCGGGACCUGCAGCGCACCGCGGAGGAGCUGGUGGCGGCAGCCCUAGGAGCGCGGCAGAGCCUCUCCCAGGUGCAGCUAGAGAACAGAGAGGAGCCUCCACGGCAGCGACAUAGCAGCCAGGACUCCAUCAGUGAGGCUCGCUUGACGGACCUGCCCAGCGAGGAGGACGAUCCCCUGGACAGCGAGGAUCGUCGGGAGCUGCUGGCGGAAGGCGUGAUCGAGGACCCGCAAGACUUGGUGGCGGCCGGUGUGAUGGAGGUUGACCCUUCGCUCGAGGAUACAGACAGCUUUGAGGAGGCGGAGGAGGGCGAGGACGCCAGAGGGAACUUGAGUGCCACUGAGUACUGGGGGGUCUGA